AUGGAGGCGUGGCUUGCGCAAAUACCACCUGUGACUCGAGCUUGGCUCUGUCUGUCUGUUGCCACCAGUCUAGCUGUGCAAUGUCAUCUAGUAGCCCCCCUCCAACUUUACUUCAACUUUAAAUUAGCCUUUACGAAUGCUCAGCUGUGGCGAACAGUAACGACGUUCUUAUAUUUUGGAUCGCCCUCAUUAGAUCUAUUAUUCCACCUAUACUUCUUUAUGCGAUAUAGUCGCAUGCUGGAAGAAUCAUCAUUUGCUAACCGGAAAGCAGACUAUUUCUGGUUGUUGUUCCUCUCCUCAAUCAUGCUCCUCUCCCUAUCCCCCCUCUUCAACCUCCCCUUCCUCUCAAACCCCCUGGCCUAUGUGCCCGUCUACUUCUGGUCCCGUCGACACCCUUCCACCCGCGUAUCCAUCUUCGGAAUGUUCACAAUGACAGCACCCUACCUCCCCUUCGCUCUCAUCAUGUUUUCUUGGGCGCUCAGUGGCACGUGGCACGCCGCGGCGGCAGAUCUAGUAGGAUGUGCGGUCGGUCAUGUUGGGUGGUUUGCGAGGGAUGUGUGGACGAGGGAGAUGAUCGGUGGACGAACAAUUCUGAGCGAGGCUCCAGACAGUUUAAAGAGGCUCAUGGGGGACAUUUGA